AUGUCAACGGUUAAACUGCAUAAAGUUACUGGUGCCCCAGAUUACGAUAACCCAGACUUCUGGGAUGACCGAUUUGCGACCGGUCGCGAUGUAGGGGAAUGGCUGAAUUCUGGCGAGGCACUUAUCGAUGCGGUUGUGGCUGACCUAGAGAGCCGUUCAGGCGUUGCGGUAAGCCGACCACGCGUCUUGCAUUUGGGACCAGGCGUUUCCAAAUUAGGCCUAAAACUGCGAGACGCCUGCGUGGAGCGCAACUGGACGGGUAAUGGCAUCGUUAAUGUUGACUUUUCCGGAGAAGCUGUUCGUCUUGGGCAACAAUAUGAAAGCCAAAGAGCUCCGUCAGAGGCGAUGCAUUGGCACCGGGCCGAUCUGCUGUCUUGGAGCGACGUUUCGGACCUUUUACCUUUCGCGCCGUUCGACGUGAUUUUCGACAAAAGCACUAGCGACGCCAUUGCAACCUCGGCCGACCGGCAUUUCGCGUCUACAGAUGAUAUUUCACAACUCUGUCCUGCUGUUCAGGAGCUGCUAUCGACUCAGUCCUCCAUCAAUCUGUCUCCUGUCGAACUGCUGGGUCUCCAUCUCGUGCCAUUGACGCAGAAAGGUACAACUUGGAUAGUCAUGUCAUAUUCAGCUUUUCGGUUUGGAAGUGCAUCCGUUCUCGAUAAAUAUUGGACCCUUCGCUCUCGGACACCAUUGAAAGCGCCCGCGGGCCUUACGUCAUCGGCCGCUUAUACCCCGGACGUGUUCCAUUGGAUGUAUAUUCUGGACCGGAAAUGA